CCUCAUAAAAAUUGUGGUUAUUUUGAAUUGUUGGGCGGCAGAUUAUAAGAUCACAGCUGUUGAUUUGUUGAUAAAUUCAGCGUAAGGUCUACAUUGAUUUUUGAUAGAAGGGAUGUCUUUUUCUAAAUCGAAGUCCAAAAGAUUCAAUGAAAUUUUAUCAUGUGCUCCUCCAGUUGGAAAAUAUGAUCUUACGAUCCAACAGAAGGCAGCAGCUGCUAGUUUUGAAAAAUCUGACAGAUUUAAAGUACCUAAAGAACCACAGAAUGGCAACUCUACAUUGCAUUCAUCAUUAUCAAUGGAUUCUUUGCUGUUCGAAAAAACUCCAAUCAAAAAGUUGUUUGAUACUGAAAGUAAGAAUUCUAUGAAAGGAGGAAAAGUGUGUUACACCAUGCCAUCCUGAUCUCAAUCGACAAAUUUUAGAUUUACAGAAAGAGAUAAGACAUCUUCUACAACAGCGAACUGAGCAAGACAAGCUUCUGAACAGCAAACAGGCUGAGGUGACGAAGCUUGACGGCAGACUACAAGCCACCUUGAAGGACAAAAGUGCGCUAGAGGCAGGCCUAGCUACAGCUGAGAAGCAGCUAUCUAGUAUGAGGAAAGCCAAAGAGGUGCUUAUGAAUAAGGUAGAUACAGUGGAAAGCAAUGUCCACAAGAAACAGGAGGAAAUGCAGAAACAACUUCAUGAAACAACAAAUAAAUUGAAAGAUAAAGAUAAGGAAAUAAGCAGGUUAAAGGAUGAGUUGACAGGUCAAGUGCGCCACCUACAGGCAGACCUAAAAGAAGCCUACAGCAAGGUGCAGGCACUGCAGGAAACUAAAGAUAUUCAAGAACAACUUACAAUUGAUGCUCAGAAACAUACUGAAACAAUUGAAACACAAGCCACACAGUUACAGGUGUUGUCUGUUGAGAAUUCAGAUUUAAAAAGCGUCAUUACAGAUGUUAAAGAAGACCUGAAGAAUGCCAAAGAAUUCCUCAAAACUCUAAGUCAAGAGAAUGAACAAGAAGCUUCAAGACUGCGCAUGGAAUCUGAACAGACAAUCAGCGAUCUUCAACAGCAACUGACUACUGCUGAAUUUGAAAUCAAGACUCUCAACGAAAACAUCACCUCCUCUGAAAAGAGAUUGGAGAAUGAGGUUUUAAGGGCAGAUGAGGCUGUAACAAGAGCCGACGACGCAGUGAAAGAAGCAGAUGACGCUGUGAACCAGGUUGCUACGUUGACAGAGAAGUUAGAGAUGACAGAGAACAUGAUGAACGAGAAUUUGAAAGCCUUGUCUACCAAGUACCAAUUACUGGAGGAAGACUACACGGCGUGCCAGCAAGACCGACAACAAGAAACGGAACAACUCAGGUUUGAGCUUGACGCUGUGUACAGCACGUCCUCAGAGAUAGAGGCCGAGCGCGACACCCUACUUGAGGGGAACAGGCAAAUCAUGGACAGUGUAGAAAAAGAACGAGAAGUUGGAAUAAGACUGCAGGAGCAGUUAAUGGCGGCAGAGCAAAGGAUAGAAACUACAAAGGAGCAACACGAGGAGUACAAGGAACAGAUGGAGAAUGAUUUGCUAGUUUUGAGGGAAGCCAAAAACAGUCUUCUAAUCUUAAGUUGUGAACUAAAAGAAAAAGUUAAAUCACUGGAAAAAGAGAAUCAACUUCUUCACAAAGAUCUCUCACGGCAUGCUGAAACAUUUGGGGAGAUAACAAGAGAGAAGACAGUUUUACUAAACAAGAUGAGCGACCUUAGUAUUCAGAAACAAAAUUUAAUUGAAAGCAAAGAGCAACUAAUCAAAGAUUCUGAGGUUCAACAGGAGCAGUUAAAACAGUUGCAGGAACAUUCAGAAAAGAUGACAAAGGAAAAGGAAUUAGCAGUGGAAAGUAAAUUGGAACAAGAGAAAGAAAUGAGCCAACAGAUUCGCGAUGCAGAGGAUGAGUUGAAGCAGGUGAAGCAGGAAUUUGCCAAGCGCCUUGUUGCAACUCAAACAAGGUGUUCAUCAAAAGAGGUCGAAGUUGAAAGACUCAUCCAUCAAGUUAAAUCUCUUGAAGAAACUCUGCAGACAACUACUAAUGAGAGGCUUAAUCUACAAGAGCUUUUGGAAAAAGAGAAAACUACCCUCAAUAUCAAAAUCACUCAACUGGAACAUAAUCAUCUUAGUGAAAUUUCACAUUAUGAUGAAAGAAUCAAUACUUUAUGCGGAAACCUCAAGCAGUCCCAGGAAAUAAAUGAAGAAUUAGAACUAAAAGGAAAAGAAAUGGAGAAACAAUUGUCAGGAAAAAUUCAUGAGUUAGAAGACAAUAACAGGAGGUUGGAGCAAGAAUUUAAAGAAAACCAUGCGAUGAUGCAAACCAGAUGUACAAUGGCAGAAAAUGAAACUCAAAGGCUGAACCAACAGGUACACACACUUGAACAAAACAUUGCAAAUGCCAUGCAUGAACGGAACCAGAUUCAGCUCAGUGCAAGUGAGAGGGAACAAGAGAACACUGCCCUCUGUAGAAAAAUUGCAGAAUUGGAAGAAGUUCUUGACAGUAAAGAGCUUGAACACCAACAUCAGCAGAAAAUCCUUCAAGAUAAACUCAACAGUAUUGAAAAGAUGUUGGAAGAAGCAGAAAAAAGAAAACAGAUGAUUGAGAUCGAGAUGCAGGCAAGGAUAAAGGAAAUGAAAGAAGAAAUAUUUACACUGAAUGAGAAUUAUGAAAAAAAUAUUGCUACAAUGCAAGAAGAGUGUGCAAACAAGGAAUUUGAUAUGAAUAGGUUGGAAGAAAGAGUUAGCCACUUAGAAGAAAGUGUUGAGACUGAGGCAAGGAGAGCAAAGCAUUUAGAAGAAGAUAACCGUCAAUUGCGUGAUGAAAGAUGUUGUCUCUCAAACAAGGUAGAUCACUUGGAAGCAAGAAACUCAAGUCUGGAGAACACUAUAGAAACCAGGUCAUCAAGAGUCCAGCUAUUGACCAAUGAACAACAAGAGCUGAAGAAAGUGAUGAGUGAUUUAGAAGAGAAAAACAGCGCCCUCUCUAUUACUAUAAGUGGUCUACAAGAAGCAGCUGAAAAUCAUGUCUGCAAUAAAGAAAAUACAGAGGUUUUAAAGGAAGAGAUUUCACGAUGGCAAACUCUUUAUGAAAACCUGGAAGAAAAAGUUGCCCCAUUCAAGGAGCAGCUGGACCAGUUUGAGUUGGAACGCAAAUUCAUGUUGUCUAAAAGCAGCCAGGCUCAGUCUGAGAUUCAAAAGUUAAGUCAGGACUACGCCAAGCUGCUAGGCCAUCAGAACUCAAAACAGAAAAUACAACAUGUGCAGAAAUUGAAAGAAGAGAAUCUCGCUCUAAAGCAGGAGGUGACAAAGCUUAGGGAGCAAAAUGUAAAAUAUAUGCGACAACUGAAAGGUGCUGGCGAGAAAAACCCAUCAAAAAGGAGAUUCAACCCAAGUGAAGCGUUUAAGAACACCAAAGAGAAUACGGUACCACUUGGACCGCACAAUUGAAUCCCCUGAAUGAGUGCCCAGCCAGAUCACCAGAUGUGCAGCUACUCAAAAUUUAAAUAUUGUAAAUAAAAUAUGAUUCUUUGAUGGUUUAAUCAUUAAGUAUUAAAAUUAUCUGUAUAUUUUUACCUGUAAUAAAAGGAAUAAAAAGGAAUAGGAUAACUUAUUCUUUUUUUUUAAAUUGUCAAACCCCUGCAUCUCUUCCUCUUGUAAUUGACCUUUCCACUAAGCCCCGGCCAUUGAAUAUUGUUGCUAAGCUCCUACAAGAUGACAGUGUUAAAACAUACGUAAACAUGUACGUUUGUGUGACAACACCUGUGCUUGUUGGACACGCAAGUAUUCCUGGCACUAUUCUGAUUGGUCAGUUAAGUUUGAUUGACUUCUCGGAAAAGUUUUUAGGGUUUUCUGAGCACUAUAACUCUGUGUGAAGAAUCAUCAAUGCGAGAUUAAAAGCUUGCGCAAUUUUUUGCCGCAUUCGGUAUGUAAGUUAAAGGCGACAUAGAAUAUUAAACAUAUGUUAUUCUUGUAACGAACUAAAGAUUGUCUCCAAUGGAAAAUUGUGUCAGGCUGCGUAGGACGAUGAGUUGGUCAUACGUUCUCUGUUAUAGUAUAUCCACACUAAAAAAAAAACAUCACAGACCUAUCAAAUUCCCCGAUAUAUAACAUUGAUCUGCGUGCAUGUCCAAGAGGUGCAGAAUUUAUUUCUCUUUUUGGUUUCGUUGUGGUGCACGUAUCAUCACUGUCCGCGUAUCGGUUGUACCAACUUUUGGCAAGGUUUUAGAAUCCUACAGAACAGGGUCAUAGUAGAUUCAAUCAUAACUCAAUACUUGCACUAUAAAUCGAAACAAAAUGUCUUGUAAACAGGUAGGGCGUUCAUCAUUUUAUAAAUCAAGUGCAUGCACAAUAGAUUUAUUUUUUUAUAAUCCCCUCUGAUCCUCAGUCUACUCUAGGUGAUAAAUAUAAAUCGGUAGGUGGAAUUACCAAAUAGCGCAAAUCAAUCAGUAUUAAAGUUGUAAAUUUCUUAUUAGUGUAUUAAAAUUCUUUUGUAGGUCAAUCAGGUUUCAGAAUUAGUUUCCUGAACAGUUGUAAGAGUAGAAGUUAUGUAUAAAUUAGGGUUAAAUUGUAGUACUGUAUUAUUGCCUAGUAGUAGAAUGUCAUCUUCAGAUAACUAUAUGUAGUAGUACUUUAUACAUUCAUAAUGAUAGACAAUAAGAAGUAUCACAAUUAUUCAAACAUGAUAGUGAAUACAAAUCUGUUUUAUUAUUCAUAUUUUCUUUAUUUGUUUCACAUAAACUUAGAGCACUCUGCAGAUAGACCAUCUGGCCUAGGCACUAUAGGGUCAGGGGUCAGCAAUAUUUUUUUUUUUUUUUGGCAGAACCUAAUUCUAUAGUUUAUUGCCAAGCUUUACACACCCCAUGCAUUAUUGUUGGUAAAAAGCACAUUACUGUUAAUACUGUAUAACAAAUAUAUUAUUUAAAUCUUUGAAAUGUGUAUUUUAAUAAAAAGGUACAGUAUUUUGCCAAAAAAGAGGACCCUUGAUAACAGUGUUCUCGGUCCAAAUUUUGUUAAGUAUGUUUAAA